AUGAUAUUUGCGGCGAAUAGAGGACACCGUUGGUUCCCUGAUGUUGAUUAUAUGAAACAGUUUAAUGCACCAAUAUUUUAUCCUGAACCAGAGGUUGAUCAACACUACAAGAUGAUAUACAAUUCUAAACUUAAUCCAGUCGAACGUAAACUAAAAAAUAUGUUUAUAAAUUUUGGACCACAACAUCCGGCAGCUCACGGUGUACUACGUCUUAUUUUAGAAUUGGAUGGCGAAACUGUGGUCAGAGCUGAUGCUCACAUAGGAUUUCUACAUAGAGCCACAGAAAAAUUAAUGGAGAAUAAACAUUACAACCAAAGUCUCCCAUACAUGGAUCGCCUGGAUUACGUUUCGACACUUGCUAAUGAACAGUGCUUUGCUCUCGCUGUAGAAACAUUGUUGAAUAUAGAAGCACCUCCUCGAGCCAAGGCUAUACGUGUUUUAUGCAGUGAACUAUGCAGAGUAGCAAAUCAUUUAUUGAAUAUAUCAGGGACAGUACUUGAUGCCGGUGGAAUCACUCCAUUUUUCUGGAUGUGUGAAGAAAGAGAGAAACUAUACGAACUCUUUGAAAGACUUUGUGGGGCUCGUGUCCAUUGUGCAUAUGUAAGGCCCGGUGGAGUUGCACAAGAUAUACCUAUUGGUUAUCUCGAUGAUGUUUACGAAAUAUGUUCAAAAAUGGGAGAGCGUUGCGAUGAAACCGAGGAUGUCUGCACUGGUAAUAGAUUAUAUUAUGCCAGAACUGCUGGAAUUGGAGAAAUAACUGCUCACGAAGCUAUUAGCCGUGGUUUUACUGGGCCAAUGUUAAGAUGUGCUGGAGUAAAAUGGGAUUUGAGAAUUACGCAUCCUUACGAUGGUUAUGAUUUGUAUGACUUCGAUGUUCCAGUUGGUACUUUUGGUGACAGCUACGAUCGUCAUUUACUCCGUUUGGAGGAAUUACGUCAGUCUCUGAGAAUAAUCAAUCAAGUUAUCGAUACUAUGCCGGAAGGAGAAGUAAAAACAGAUGACUCAAAAAUAACUAUGCCUUCAAGGAUCGAGAUGAAAACUUCUAUGGAAGCACUUAUUCAUCAUUUUAAAUUAUGUACAGAAGGAUAUAUAGUGCCACCUGGAGCUACAUACACUGCAGUAGAAGCUCCUAAGGGCGAAAUAGGCUUGUACAUGGUAGCUGACGGUAGCUCUAGACCAUAUCGCGUUCAUAUUAGACCAUCUUCAUACACGCAUUUAUUAGGACUCGGUCAUUUGUGUGAAAGAAUGAUGCUAGCUGAUGUUGCAGUAUUAAUUGCUACAAUAGAUGUAGUUUUUGGAGAUGUCGAUCGUUAA